AUGAACCAAGAAGAGUUCCAACGACGAAACAGAAUGAGCUCCGAGAAUCAUCGCGACGCGACGAAGGCAGAGCUUGUACGCCUGAGCCAAGAGAAGGAACAACGCAGACUGGAAGACGAAGCGCGCCUACAGAAGGAGGUCGAAAGGCUUCGGAAGGAGGUUGAAAGUCUUCGGAAGGAGGUCGAAAGUCUUCGGAAGGAGAAGGAGCAACGCAAACUGGAAGACCAAGCACGCCAAAAGGCCGAGAACGAAAGUCUUCGGAAGGAGGUUGAAAGUCUUCGGAAGGAGAAGGAGCAACGCAAACUGGAAGACCAAGCACGCCAAAAGGCCGAGAACGAAAGUCUUCGGAAGGAGGUUGAAAGUCUUCGGAAGGAGAAAACGGACUCCUGGGUGGCGGCUACAACCGUCGACGCGAAGAUGAUGGUCGUCGACGCGACGAAGAAGACGUCGACGAACCUAUGGUGCCGCUGUGGUGCUGUGAACGGAUGGUACCGUUGCCUGCUGUCACAGGUAUUCUAA